AUGACGAGGUCAACAGUGGGACGGCCAUCCGUUCUACUGCUCUUGACUCUUCUGGCCAGCAUCCGACCAGGACAAGCAUCUAACUCUUUUGAUCUUAUUCCAAGAAGCUCAGAUGCGUGUCCCACCUCAUACACUCGCUGCGGCAGUACAAAUGCCUCAAAUGAUUUCUGCUGUCCUUCAGACUCCACCUGCAUCAGUCUAGACCAGGGCAGCUCCUCUAUCUGCUGUCCCGCCGGUAAAGACUGUAACUACAUUUCGCCAAUCACAUGUGAUAUACAACAGCAGGAUGUCACCAUUUACCCUGAGAGCGUCAUAAAGACAACCCGUCUGGGCGAGAGCCUUCCGAAAUGCGGCGAUGCGUGCUGUCCGUUUGGCUACACCUGCGAAGGAGGCAAAACUUGCUCUUUGAACAAAAAAACUUCCACAACGGCAACAGCGAUCGUAUCCGCCUCCUCUACCAACAAAGAAUUAUCCGCAACAACGACUACAUCACCUGUAUCCAGCUCCUCGACCAACCCAGCAUCGUCAUCGACAACGGCUACAAGCUCAAUAGCUCCCCAGGCAACUAUCACACCCGUGCCGUCUCCCUCAUCCGAAAAUUCCGCAAACUCCACAACAUGCGCAGCACUAUCAAGUUCAUGUCCCUCCUUCCCACCUGGGGCUAUCGCAGCAGGCUUCUUCCCAGGUGCCGUCCUCGGUGCUGUCGCCGCUCUCCUAAUAUCCCUCUGUAUCCGACGUACCCGAAAAGACGAAUGUGAAAUACAAGAAGGCAAAUCGGGGCCUAAUUGGACCCAACGCUCUUCUUCCGGGGCAAUACUGUGCAUAUCGAACCCCAUCCCCCAAGACGAUACCUCGUACCGCACAGACUUCCUCCGAAGCCCACCGCGAGUCAAGCGCUCUUCUACAGGAGGACGCUCCACCCGCACGAUGAUUCACCGCACUGGAAGCAGAGUGCGGAGUCUAUUCUCCGGUCAUCCAAGAGGAAACCCCCGACUAGACAAGGAUGUGCCGCCUAUCCCUGUGCCAAUUCCUAUGCCAGCGGCUCCGUUUACUCCGCCGCGGCAGCGUCAGCCAAGUACGGAAAGUAUCAAGGUUUAUUCACCGCCGGAGUCGUCGUUUUCGCAGUCUCGUACCUUUUUGGAGCCUGAACCGUACCCUGGUACUGCUUCUAGGCCGGAUACUAGUUUUAGCGGUCUGAUGCGGGUUGUUGAUAAUACCCAUGAUGACUCUCGGGAAAAUCCGUUCCGGGAUCCUGGGCGUUGA